GAAAGAAAGCACGAUCCAGAACAAGAACUAUUGAGCGCGGAAACAAAUUCGUGCAGAUUCUAUUUUACUCAUUUUUAUGAAAUUACGCCUCGUUUCCAGAACGUGAUCACUUCUUUUAUUGUACGCAUUUCGAGUUUAAUUGUUGGGGUUUGCAAUUGCGACCUUUUUCGAAAUUUUAAAGGUCUAAUGGUGGGCGAUUUUAGGGUUCUGGGCCGCACGAGGACGCAAUGUUUGAAAGCUAGCAUUGUUAGCUAGCUCUUGGCUCCUCCUGCUUUUAUCCCGAGCACGCGGUUUAGUCUGAAAAACAAACAACAAGUAAAUAAUAAAAAUGUCGGGGUUUAAUUUUGGAGCGACUACCCUGGGUUCCACUAACCCCGGAGGGGGCUUUUCUUUUGGAGCAGUGUCCAGCACUCCUGCUUCAGGAACCAGUGGUUUCAGCUUUGGUGGUCUGGGUCCAGCGACCACCACCACCACCACCACCUCAUCUCUGGGCCUCGGCGGCGGACUGUUUGCGCAGAAACCGGCAACUGGGUUUUCUUUCAACACACCUGCCUCAGGAGCUCCCGCCGCCUCCACCGCGUCCUCCACCGGCUUCGGUUUUGGCUUUGGGAAACCGGCCGCCUCCGCAAGUCCGUUUUCUCUGAGCACAACCGCCACCAGCACCACCUCGGCUCCUGCAGCCACCGGUCUGACUCUGGGCUCCGUCAUCACCUCGUCAGCACCUCAGAGCGGCUCGUCCACAGGGUUCUCGCUCAACCUUGGAGGAGCAGGAGCCGUGUCCUCAGCUCCGGCCACCGGGCUCAGCCUCGGCUCCUCCCUCUUCUCCAGCUCAGGCUCCACAGGUCUCGGCCAGUCGGGUCUUGGCGGAGGGCUGACUUUAGGAGGUUUGCUCUCGUCCUCCACGGCGACUACAGCUCCCGUUGCUCCGGCGCCCAGCGUGGGUUUGGGUGGAGUCGAUUUCAGCACAUCGUCGGAGAAGAAAAGCGAUAAAUCAUCUGGUGCUCGAGCUGAAGACAGUAAAGCACUGAAGGAUGAAAACCUGCCUGCUCCUAUUUGCCAAGAUGUCGACAACUUCCAGAAGUUUGUCAAGGAGCAGAAACAGGUUCAGGAGGAGAUCAGCCGCAUGUCCUCGAAAGCCAUGCUGAAGGUGCAGGACGACAUCAAGAGCCUGAAGCAGCUGCUGUCCGUCAGCGCCAGCGGGCUGCAGAGGAACGCCCUCUCUAUAGACAAGCUCAAGAUGGAGACGGCGCAGGAGCUGAAGAACGCUGACAUCGCGCUGAGGACCCAGAAAACUCCUCCUGGACUGCAGCAUGAGAACACAGCCCCCUCGGAUUAUUUCCGGGCUCUGGUGGAGCAGUUCGAGGUGCAGUUACAGCAGUACCGCCAGCAGAUCGAAGAACUAGAGAACCAUCUGACCACGCAGAGCAGCGGUUCUCACAUCACUCCUCAAGAUCUGUCUCUGGCCAUGCAGAAGCUCUACCAGACGUUUGUAGCUCUGGCUGCACAACUGCAAGCUGUUCAUGAGAAUGUAAAGGUGUUAAAGCACCAGUACCUGAGCUACAGAAGAGCUUUCCUGGACGACACCACGGACGUGUUCGAGUCGAAGCGAAGCACCGCCCGGAAACUGCAGAGCACUCCGAGAGUCACCACCGGCCCUACACCCUUUGGCGCCGUCCCAAACGCCGCCGCUGUGGCCAUGGCUGCCACACUUACACAGCAGCAGCAGCCUGCUCCAGGAUCCCAGGCGGGUUUUGGCACUCCCUUUGCCUCGGGCAUGGGCACUAGUAUGGGCUCCAGCAGCCUUGGAGCAGCUUUCGGUAGCGGCCCAGCGUUUGGCGCCUCAGCAACAGGAGGCUCAUCGUUCGGUUUCUCUGCUAACAAGCCGUCUGGAGGGAGCUUGAGUGCAGGGUUUGGAAGCUCCAGCACCUCAGGCUUUAACUUCAGUAAUCCGGGAAUCAACGCGUCGGCCGGUCUGACCUUUGGCGUGGCCACGACCCAGAGCUCGGGCUUCGGCACCGGGGUCCUGCAGCUGAAAAAACCUCCAGCGGGCAACAAGAGGGGCAAAAGAUAGAACAGCAGGGCAGAUAAAGGAUAAAGGGAAAUGAGUGGAGAUUAGCGACAGGUUUCUGUAUUUGUCAUGGAUGUGCUUUAAGGACGCGUGUACGUUUUGUUUAACAAUGUCCCGUGUGUUUCUUUCUUUCUCUGAUUACACAAGCGUUAGUGUUUUGUUAAGGAUCAUUUAAAGAGCACCGACGUGAUGAAUCCUUCAUGGGGAAAUUAGAAAUCGGCCAUUUUGUUUUUCUAUUUUUUAUUCGCAUCUUUGUGCUCUGUUUUGGUGUACAGCAUGUCCUCCCUCUGUCCAUCGCUCGAAGAUGUCGUCUUUUCCGUCUGUUCUAAUGAGUGACCGAUUUUAGUUUUUGUGGCGCUGUUUUGGAUUUGUUUUUUGUCCAUCAUAUGGUAAUUACCAAAAUGUUUUUCUAGACUUUAUGUCUAAACUUUAUUAAAAGCUUUAAUAAUUAAAGAAAAUUAUUUCUUCAA